UAGGCCUAUUAUCGUCGCUAUGGUCGAUCGGUACAGUACAUUGCAUCAAUAACGCUUUCGAAAUAGAUUAAAAAGUCUAAAUCUGGAGGAUCUUUCAAAUCAAAUCAAUCAAAUCUUUACUGCUGCGUUUAAUGUGUAUCAAAUUUUUAAAUUCAUCGAGCGUUCUAAUUUUUAGAAUAAAAUCAUUUGGGCAUAAGGAAUAAUUGAGUGUUUUCACAUGGGGCGCAAAAGCAAACCUGAAAAAUCACCGGACCAUAAAUUAGCCGAGAAAAAGAAUCGUUCCGCGAAGCAACCAACCCCAAAAAGCUCACUUCGGCUGGAAAAACUACGCCAAUACCAAGCCGAUCGCAUCAUAGCGGAAACUCCCGAGCAACGUCAGGCCCGUUUGGACAAUCUCCGAAAAUAUCAGCGUAAAAGAAUCAAUCAAGAGUUGCCCAUCGAACGGGAGGAACGAUUGCAGAAACUACGAGAGGCUCAACAGCGUCGUUUGGAAAACGAAACGCCGGAAGAACGCGAGAAGCGCUUGGCUAAACUGCGCGCAAACGCCCUCAAACGCAGGGGUAAAACGUCCAAACGUAGAAAGAAACGCAAAUCUAACGAUGGUGAGCAGAAGCCAGACGAACCCAAAGCCAAGAAUUCGAAAAAUGGAUUGAAGAUUAAAAUUAAGAUUAACAAACCUGCAAAACGGACGGAGGAGUAAUCGGCAAAAUGAAA